GUGCGUUUGAUGUGACCAUAGCGACCUUAUGCUCAUAGUGAUUCUAACCGACGCCUUGAUCUAUUGUUCGUUUCAGCAACCCGUCAGACGACCCCACUACAUUUAUCCUGGAGGCGAACAUGCAUCUCGAACGGUCCGAUCACACUUUGGAUGUAUUACCUUCUUCCACUAUGCUGAUAGCCCAUAAUACGACAAUAUAGCUGCAGCGUGAUAAGAACUCAAAGGAAAUCUGCCAAGUAUAUAUAACCACUGGGUGCCCUCGACCAAGACAAUCUUCGUCCAUCCAUCGCCAUAAUCAUUUUCCUACUCAACAUGCAUUUCACUUAUAUUGUUGCUCCUAUCUUCGCCCUGUUGGGUGCGGUCUCUGGUAACUCGCUCGCUGGUCGCGCGGCCCAGUUGACCCAAGUCAGCAACUUUGGCGACAACCCCUCAGGCACUGCUAUGUACAUCUAUGUACCUACCAAGCUUGCUGCCAACCCCCCUAUCAUCGUCGCCAUCCACUACUGCAGUGGUACUGCUCAAGCUUAUUACCAGGGUUCUCCAUACGCAAAGCUUGCUGAUCAAAAGGGCUUCAUUGUCAUCUAUCCUUCUUCUCCCCACUCAGGAACCUGUUGGGACGUCUCUAGUCAGAAGUCUCUCAAGCACAAUGGUGGUGGAGACAGCAAUGCUAUUGCCAACAUGGUCACCUAUACUCUGAAGAAGUACAAUGCCGACCCUAAGAGAGUCUUCGUCACUGGUUCCAGUUCGGGUGCCAUGAUGACCAAUGUCAUGUCAGCGACUUAUCCUGAGUUGUUCGCUGCGGCCACUGCUUACUCUGGUGUUCCCGCUGGAUGUUUCGUAUCCUCCUCGGGGGCUGUCGAUGCCUGGAACUCCACCUGUGCCCAGGGCAACGUCGACCAGUCCGCCGCCUACUGGACUAGCGUCGUCAAGAACAUGCAUCCAGGCUACAGUGGUGCUCGUCCUCGUUUCCAGAUCUACCACGGUAGCGUUGACACCACUCUUCGUCCCAAUAACUACAGAGAGAGUGUCAAGGAGUGGACUGGUGUCUUCGGCUUUGAUGCCAACAAGCCCCAGAGUGUUAAGAACAACUUCCCUAGCAAUGGAUACACUACCAACAUCUGGGGCGUUGAUUCUGCUAACCCUCUUGGAAAGGUUCAAGGUAUCUUUGCUCAGAACGUUGGUCACAGUGUUCCUAUGAACGGUGCUCAAGAUAUGGCAUGGUUCGGUUUGUAAGCAUACGGCCACUGAAGCGCCUCUUUAUUCAUCGCGAUAGCAGAAGGCUUGCACCCUUGGAGCAAAAUAGUAGCGAGAUAUAUUAAGUUGCUCUGGUAGUCAACAAUUUCAAUUCAAUCAAACCGUGGAAGCAGACGUGCUUCUAGAUAAAUUGUUCCAAUCGAGCGGGCUGCUUUUUUGCGUGUGCUCGUUGAAUUCUCC